AUGCCGCGUCGCGCGCGGAAGUCGCCGUCGCCCGGGUCGGAGAGCGACGACAUGGAGGAGGAGAUGCCUCUGCGCGAGCGCAUGGCGUUGUAUCACGAUCAACUUCUCGAGGCGCGGUCGCUCGCGGAGAAGAUCGCGCCGGGAAGGCCGCGCGUCUCCGCCCCGAAAACCGUGGCCGAGGCGUACGACCUCAUCGACGCCGCGCGCGUGAAAGAGAAAAAAGCGAAAGGCUCGCACGUGGAGGACAAGACGAAAGAGAAGGAGAUGCCGCCGUGGUGGAAGUACACCGAGGACUACUUCCGGAAGCUGCACCUCAGCGACCUCGUGCACGCGCUGCCGUCGCACCCGUGGGAGAGCGACCGGGAUCUGCUGAUGCCGCCCGCGGGACGCCCACACUCGGAGCCGUUCGAGGACGGGCUCCCGAAGGCGGAGCCGGCGCCGGUCGCGCCCGUCGCGGCGGCGAUCUCGGGCGCGGCGGGCGCGGCGGUCGCGGCGCCGGCGGCGGGCGCGCCGGCGGCGGGCGCGACAGCGGCGGGAGCGCCGGCCGGCGCCGCGCCCGCGGCGUCGGGCGCCAUGGCGCAGCCGCCACCGCUGCCAACCUACGCGGUGUACACGCCGCCGCCGCCGCCGAGCGGGGUGUCCAUCGGCGGCGACCUCCUCGACGCGACGACCCCGGACGAGGUGGCGUCGUUGUGCCGCAACCUGUUACUCCUCGUCGACGAUCGGUCCGCGGCGGUCGCGAAAGCCGCGAAGACCGCGGGGUGCGAUAAGAAAUCGUUCGAGGACUUCCUCUCCGGGAAAGGGCUCGGGCGCGGGGGUAAAGGACGAGAGGAGAGCGCGACGGUCGCGGGCGCGAGGCGGUGGUUGCGGCUCGACGCCGCCGCCGCGACGUUGGACGCGAGAGAGAAGCGAAAAGAAGAGAGCGUCUCCGUCGACCCGGGCGGUCUCGUCGGCCUCGCGGAGGCGGGGAUGCCGCUCCCGGGGACGGUCGUCCCCGCGGACGCCGCGAUGGGCGGGGGUCUUCAUCAGAUCCCAGGCGGCGGGGUCGCCGGGAUCGCCGCCGUGGGAGGGGUUGCCGCCGCCGCCGCCGCAGCCGCAGCCGCCGCAGCCGCCGCCGCCGCCGCGGGCGCGGCGGCGGCUUCCGACCAGCCCCCGGCAUUCCCGAUACCUCCCCCCGAGGUCGUCGCCGUGAUGAAGACGGACGAAAACGGCGGCGUGUACGUCGGCGGCGAGAUCCCGAACGCCAUUCCCGCGCCGGUCGCGGUGAUGCCGCUCGCGGCGGCGCCCGCGACCGCGGCCGCGGGGAUUCUGACGCAACGCGCGCUGGGCAAGGUUGGCAAAGUGUCCUCCGACGCGUCCGUCGCGACGACGAUCAGCGGCGGCGUCACGCCGUCGUCCUCGCACGCGUCGCUCACCGCGAUCGCCGCGGCCGCCGCGCCCUAUCCCCACGUCAAGCAGGAGCCGAUCUUCGGCGGGAUCGCGACGGGUGCCCCCCCGGGGAACCAAGGCGCGCGCGGCGGCGUCGAGCCCGCGCGGGAGCCCACGGCUGAGGAAAAAGCGGACAAGGCGCGGGAGGAGACGAUAACUCGCGCGUUCGGGGACAAGGGCAACCUCCCGCACGCGCACGGCCCGACCGCGAUCGACGAGACGAUGCCGCUGCACACGGAGAUGCUUCUGGACAGGUCGUUCUGGCUCGCGAGCUCGGUGUCGCAGCUCCCGGCGCCGCCGCCGGCGACGCCGUGGCUGGCGUCGCCGCCCGAGCCGGAGCCGUCGCCGAUCGGGCUCGCGUCCGACGCGGGCGCCUGUAAGGGGGGGAAGAAGGGGAGGAACUCCUCCUCGCGCGCCAGCGCCGUCGACCCGAAUAGCGGCCGAUGCGCGGUGUGCGUCGUCCAGAAGAAAGGGCGAUGCGGCACGGACACGGCGCCGUUGAAGUGCCAGCGUCGCGGCGGGUCCAGAGCCGGGUCUCUGGACGAUCCGUUCGACGCGCCGUCGCGAGGCGCGUCGCCCGAGCCCUCGGUCGCGUACGCCGCGGUCGCCGCCGCGGCGUCGGCGGCCGCGGUGCCGACGCGCCGCGCGCCGACGACGCCGCUCGCGGCGUCCACGGCGUCGCUCGCCGCGAUGAAGGCGGAGAUGCGCCGAGAGCGCGAGCGCGAGGAGAGACGCUAUUCGGCGGGCGGGGGGAAAAAAGGCUCGGCGUCGGACGACGCCGACGCCGCGUCCGACGCGUCCGACUCCGAGUCCGACCCCGCGGAUGCGGAGGACGAGCUCGAGGCGCUGACCGAGGCGCUGAACGCGGCGCCGGAGCUGCGCGCGGCGGCGCCGACGUGCGAGGUGGACGGCGAGAUCCUCGCGUUGCAGUACGAGCUCCUGUGGCAGACGCAGGCGCGUUCUGUACGCUGGUCCCCAUACGACCGCGUCGGCGUGGUGAACGCCGAUCCUUAA